CAAAUUCGCAAGUGCCUUUCAAAUGGUUUAGAGCAAAAGUUAUUUACAGUUGACGAAAUUGUUGAAAAUUGUGUUAAUUUCCUUCAUUUACCAGUCAAAAGUUUACCAAAUACUUCCAGGAAUGAUUUCCAUCUCUAAUGAGCGGUAUAACAAUCGUUUGUAAAGCGUUCUCAAAGAAAAAGUCUCCAAUUAUACUUUCUGCUUUUGCAAUGAAGAAAUCCUAGAAUUUUUUUUUUUACGGCUCUACUUGCACUCAGCCGUUGUUUUGGUGUGUCUGGUGUUUACAAUAGAACAAAAAAGUGAGAUCGCGUACUCGAAUUCCCCAAACAUUCGACAGUCAUAACAAGCAAUAUCCGCUGGGUACGCAUCAAAAUUAGGCGAAAAGUCGAUCAAAUCGUUCGGGUGCGAGUGGCGAGUCGUGGGGAAAUCUCUCGCACCGUCGGGAGGACCGUAACGAAGUGUGUGAAAUUGGAUUCCGAAAAUAUUUUCGGGGCGCCCCCGUCCGGGAGAAUGAUGGCUCCCUUCCGGCGCAAAAAGUCCAACAAGGAGUUCCCGGUCAAGGUGUGCACCUACGACUCGGAACUAGAGUUUCAUCUGGAGCACCGAGCAACCGGUGGUUUCUUGUUUGACUUGAUCUGUCGCACUAUUGGAUUGCGAGAAACCUGGUACUUUGGGUUGCGCUAUGUCGACAAAAAGGGCUACCGAAGUUGGCUCAAGAUGGACAAAAAGGUUCUCGAUCAACAUAUCAACCUGACGAACGAGGGAUGUGUGUUCAUGUUCAUGGCCAAGUUCUUCCCGGAGAAUGUGGCCGAGGAGCUGGUGCAGGAAGUCACCCAGCAUAUGUUCUUUCUUCAGAUCAAAGAGGCGAUACUCUCGAUGGAAGUGUACUGCCCUCCAGAAGCAUCGGUAUUGCUGGCUUCCUACGCGGUGCAGGCCAAAUACGGAGAUUACGACGAAGCGGUUUGUAAGCCCGGAAUGUUGGUUAGCGAAAAUCUACUGCCACAACGAGUGAUUGAUCAGUACCAAAUGACGCCCCAGAUGUGGGAGGAGCGAAUCAAAACCUGGUAUGCGGACCACCGUGGAAUGUCCCGGGACGAGGCGGAAAUGGAGUAUCUCAAGAUUGCACAAGAUUUGGAUAUGUUCGGAGUGAAUUAUUUUCCGAUAACGAACAAGAAAAACACCGAGGUGUACGUCGGAGUGACCGCGCUCGGGCUCAACAUCUACAGCAAGGAGAACAAACUGACCCCGAUGACGACCUUCCCGUGGAACGAAAUACGCAACAUCAGCUUCGACGGGAAGAAGUUCUUCGUGAAAACGAACGAAGAGAAGGGCAACGUGGCGACCACAUUCUACUCGGAGAAGGCCCGCACCAACAAAGAGCUGCUGGAUCUGUGCGUGGGGAACCACGAGCUGUACAUGAAACGGCGCAAACCGGACACGAUGGAGAUCCAGCAGAUGAAGGCCCAAGCGAAGGAGGAGAAACACCGGCGGCACAUCGAGCGGAACAAGCUGGCCCGGGAAAAGCAGCUGCGCGAGGAGGCCGAACAGGAGCGGGCGAACAUGGAGAAAAGACUGAUGCAGCUGCAGGAGGAGAUGGCUGCUGCCAAUGAGGCGUUGCGUCGAAGCGAAGAGGCCGCUGAGCUUCUCUCGGAGAAAAACCGCCUCGCAGAAGAGGAGGCCCUCCUGCUAUCUCACAAAGCGCUAGAGGUUGAGCAGGAAAUCAACCGGAUGCGUAUGACGGCCCGCAAGACCGAGGAGGAGAAAAUCUAUCUGGAGCGGAAAACCCAGGAAGCGGAACUGCUGACCGCUCGAAUGAUCGAAGAAUCACGCAAACGAUCAAUGGAGGCGGACAAGUUGAAAAACGAACUGAUCCACGCCCGGGUAGCGGAGAAGGAAGCCAAGGAGAAACUGUUGAAUUUCCUCAGUCGAACCUCGACCGAGUCGAUAUUCAUCACACCGUCCUCCUCCCCAGAGACUCCAGCGCUGGAAAGCAACACGUACGAUCUGCUUGCGGACGGUGACAUGGAUCAGCUCUCGCUGGAGAUCGAAAAGGAGAGAGUGGAAUACCUGACGAAAUCGAAGCAGGUUCAGAAUCAGCUGAAGGAACUGCGUUCGGAAAUCGAACAGCUGAAGAUCGGCGAGAAGCAGUGUCCGCUGGACAACAUUAGCGCCCAGCAGAUGCGGCUAGGUGAGACCAAGUAUUCCACCCUGAAGAAACUCAAGUCAGGCUCAACGAAAGCGCGGGUAGCGUUCUUUGAGGAACUGUAAGUGCCAAGUGUUCUACUGUGUCGUUACGAAUACGCCGGUUUCGGCGGGGAACCUCCUGCCAUCCCAUCUGUGACUGUAGACGUUUGUUUGCUGCAUCGCAUCGAUUUUGGAAUUGUUGAGUUUUUUUUUUAUUCAAGCUGUAGCCUUUGUAACUGGUCAGAUCAAAACAGUGAAUGUUUCCAAUGAUAUGGGCAGGACAAGGGAUAUAGUAAUACGAGCUUUGGGUAUGUUUUGUAAUCGCCAGGUAUUGCUGGUAGCUCUCUGUAUAUAGUUAAAAACAGACCUGACUCUCAUUGAAAAACAAUUAUUAGACUGGUUGCCAGCUGGGAAAUCAAAACCUAACAAAUGUGUCCAUUCACCAGGUUUGUAGUGCCUAUUCGUACAACGUACUUUUCUCUCGUUGCCAAAAUUCUUCCUUGCGCAUACUUUUUAAGUGAGUAAUGAAAUAUUAAGUUAAGAGCUCAGCAGGAGCGUUUUGCAAGGCAGACACAGCUAGCUUCAUUUUAAGUAGACGACUUAGAAUUGUAUUUUUAUUUAUAACAUUUAGCGUUUCCCUUAGUAAGCUAGUGACAAUUAGAUGUAUUGUAUCAUAUUUCAUUAGAUUCUGUUAUUAUUCAGUUGUAUAGGACUUUCACCUGUAGUAUUUUCACUCAUUCUACAUUUGCUGUAAUAUAUAGCCAUCGAAACGAAUUGUCCAUCCACAAUGUUACAACCUUCUUCCACAUUCGACAGAUUACAUGUUAACACAUUAAGGACCGGAAAGAAAUCUGUAAGACAUACGCCUGGGACCGCAGUUAAAAGAUUAUAAAAGUUUUUGUUGCGUGCAAGUUUCCGUUCAACGUCUUGCUGGAUUUCAUGAAUAGUGAAUUAUUUCAGUUGAAAUAAAUUAAUUGUUUAUCAAAUAACAACCUUCAAAAUCAUGCUCAUUAGAUAGAGGAUUGAAUCAUUCAUCUUUCCACAUAAUUCAUUUUUUCCUUGAUCAUGACAGAGAAAAGUUAAAGACUGAAACGUGAGCAUCAGUCACUAUAGGAAAAUAUACAGAAUUUUGAAAUCUAAAAAGAGUUGUCCAAAUAGAGUUAUCGAAGUUAUACGAUAGAGAAAUAUAGAGAAUUAUCUUCCAGCCACAAUUUUAUUAAUCGGAAAAGGGUCUGAGAAAAGUUCUAGGCCAAGUUGUAUGGUAGAAAUUAAUUAUGUCAAAGAAAAUUUAAAAAAGUUAUUUGAAAGGAACCAAAACACAUUUUUGAGAUAAUACUCAUUGGAUAGAGAAUAUUUUCAUCCAUUUUCAGCCAAAUUUUCGUCGGCCGAACAAGGGUCUGAGAAAAGUAAUGGGCCAAAACGUAUACGAGUUUUACGGGGGAAAGGGUCUGGCUGGGUAGGGAAAUAAAAAGUGCCUCAAACCAAAUCACCAACUCUGUGGAAAAUAUUGUAUAAAGUUUUGACUAAAAAAUUAAUUAUGUGGAAAGAUGAAUGAUUCAAUUCUCUAUCUAAUGAGGAUGAUUGUGAUAGAUGUUACUUGAUAAAGAAUCAAUUUGUUUCAAUUAAAAUAAUUAGUUAUUCAUGAAACCCAGCAAGACGUGAAACAAAACUUGCGCGAAACAAAAACUUUUAUCCGUUAAUUUCACACAAGUCCGUAAAGAAGCAAAAACGAGAAAACUCGUGAGCGGUUCAUAAAGUGUCAAAAGGAAAACACCGACAGAAGUUUAUUUUAUACACAUAUAGAAAACAGCAUUAGGGUCAGCCAUUGACAGACAAUAAAUGCUAUUUUUCGACAAUACAAACAAUACAAAUUCUCGGUUUCAUUUAUCCUACUAUGUCAUCGGAUAUCUACAUCCCAUCUAAGUAGCCCGUAAGUUAUUCACCAUUGGUUAAGGUAAUCUACAUGUGUUUGUGUGUUUCCUUUCCCUUCUCAUACUGUAAUCGUUUCAUUUGAUUUGUUUUUCUUUUUAUAGUGUUUUUUUUUGUGAUUGACGCCUCUGUUGUUAGUAUGUUUUCUGUGGUCUCCAGUCACAUUGAUGUCGUCUGCUAGCCAGUCCAAGUAUAUGUAUAUACGGAAACAGUUAUGAAAAAAAAACAUUUGAUUGAACUAACUUUGAAACAAGUUGAAUUUCACAUUCUGCUUUUCUUCGACAGAGAACCAGACGAAUCGAUAGCGUAGCAGCAGUAGCCCGGAUUGCCAAACGCUGUGGCCUUCUUUCUAGAAAUUACCGAGUUACCGCGGUAUCAAUCACACCUAUGAGCUCUAGCAGCAAAGCAUUCGCUUUGUGCCACAAACACAAACUUCUCAGGACUGCCAAACCCACACGACGAUAUAGCUGACCAGAAUUGGACAAUAGUUGUGCGAUACCCAAAUAUGUACCUGCGCUGCGUUCGUAUGAUAUUGAAUUGCAUGAAUUGCACAAGGAAGCGCAGCUGAGAGAAGGAGAGAAAAAAAGUUUUGCAACCGUUCUAUCGGUCAUUAUUUCAACUGUGAAUAGAAUAUAUUU